AUGCAUUCCACACUCGCCACGCUCGUCCUCCUCUCAACCCCGAUCCAUGCAACCAUCACCGCCAAGAUCUGGGCUCAUUUCUAUCCCAAUUGUCCCGGGGACCCUUACUCGACUCUCGACACAUACGAAAGCUAUGAGGAAACAGUCCCCACCAAAGUGAUCACAGCGGGCAUGUGUACCAGCUUCGGUGUUCCAUCUUUCAAUCACGAGCUCGUCAGCUCCAUUUCCGUCGACGCCGAGCUCGUCCCUUCAAAUCAGCAAUCUAUCUAUCCUGCAGAUACCGGCACAAAUUGCAACAUCACCGUUCAUGAGGAGCCAGAGUGUAUCGAUCCCGCCUUGAUCAAUCAGGCACUUCAUCGAGGUGUCGAGGUCAGCCCGUGCGCGUCCCGUUCGUUCGCGGCCUUCAGCCAAGUCUGGAUACAGUUGAAUUGUGAAGAGAGUCCGCACCAUGACAAUGUCGAUGCCGAUACAAGUUUCGUUACCAGUGUCAAGAUCUCUAGUUCUUCAAAAUCCCAAAAUUCAAUGAAAGACGAAGGAGGUGAAGAAGCUCGACUUGAAAACUCCGCCGACACAGCGGACUUGGAAAUUCCAUCCACAAUGCAAAACCCCGGCUCGAAUUUCGACACGUGGGCGAGUGCGCAGUCUGAGCACGCAUCGGAGCGAAGACCCCAAGAAAUUGAACGGGUGAAUAGGGAAGGGCACGCUGAAAGUGAUCGAAUCGUGCACGAUUUGAUGGAGAAAUUGAAGAAUCAAACUGCCAGCAUGGUUAGUGGCAAACACAACGCAACGCGGCCUUUGAAUGGGAGUCUAUCCCUUGACAAUGGGUCUGCGAUGAAAAAUCGGACGAUGAUCAGGAGGAAGUUGUCUGUGCUGCGCAAUAGGGCGGCUCGAGUUUGGUGA